GGGUUAAUUUCGUUAGAUACGUGAUUAAAUACGGUGGGUCCAUGUAAAUCGGCCGCAGGGGCAAGUCCCCUCUAAAAUUUAACUGCUCUCUUCUAGAAGUCAACAAGCUCAAUGCCUUCAAUUUCCCUCUCUGGUCCCUGAAAUUCUCACCAACUUGCAUUGAUCAGUUCUUAUUUUAGCAUUGCACAUCAUUUUCUGAUACUUACUUUCCUUUACUCAAACUUCAUAAAUCACUCUAUUAAUUGUUUGAGAUACCCAAGAGGAAUUGGGAGAGAGAGAGAGAGAGAGAUAGGGAAAGAUAAAGAUCCAGGUCAGUUAUUUUUGAUAGCCAAUCCAACCCCGAAUAGAAGCCCAAAUCGCACAUUCAUCCAUUGGAGCGCUGGAGUUUGCGCAAUUGGAGAACGCCAUGGCAAGAUAGCUGUGUUCCGUAUUGCGCUGCGAUUGAACACGUCGUAAGUCUCGGAUCACAUUGAGGGUUUUGGUGUACCUAUCUGUCCGGCAGAUUCAAACUUUUGCGCCACCAAGUGAGAUUUGGCUCUUUCCAUUGCUCACUGAUAUGUUACAUGUCGCGCUGUUUGGUGGAGUACAUAUGCACAUGUGAGGCUAGGAAAAUUGGGUUGGGGAAAUGGUCGUUGAUGAAUCAUACAUGAGUAUCGCUGACUGAUUACGAUUUUUACAACUAUAGUCGCAAAUAUUAGUCCCUCGUUAUACAAUCUCCUCCUUCCUCGAUUAUUGUCAAUAUGGCGGACGUUGAGAGCCCAGUUAUUCCCCAAGAGACUUUCAAGUCAGAAGAAUCAUCUCUGGAUACAUUAGAUGAUACUCCUGUUACCCCUGUCGAAGCUUCCGUUGAGGGCACCGCAGAUGCUGUACCAGAGGAAACUACCGGAGCAGGAUCGGAAGUAGAUACUGAGACAGAGAAGGAAUCUGUCAAGAGCAACGAUGCAGGCAAGACCGCAACAGGAGCUGUAGGUGGCGUGAAGAAGGAAAAUGUACUUCCCAAAAGAGCUGGCUCAUCUGCGGCACCAAGACGUCCAAUUUCAGGAAGCGCAACAAGGCCAACGGCCUCUUCUGGGAUCAAACCCACAGCUUCAUCCGCAACCAAAACUACAGGAGGUUUGAGCAAACCCCCAACGCGCCCAGCAACUGCAUCUAUUGUGCGAAAGCCUACAGGCAGUGCAACAUCUUCCAGUGCCAGUCAUAGAGCCCCAUCUGCUGCUGGGACUCAUGCAGACGAGAAAAAACCUACCACUACCUCUGCACGACGAGUUUCUCUUGCACCAAGCCAUACCAAUACUUCGAAGACGCCUGGUACAGCAGCUGAAGCCCGGGCCAGGCCUGCUUCUAUGCACGCUACAACUACAACAACCGGAGCAACAACAACCGCAAGAAAACCUGUUGCACCGGCGACAACACCUAGUCAAACUAGUCCAAAGGCUGCGAAGCCUGCGAGUACAACUGCUCCAAAGCCAACGAGUACUUCUACCACUACUACCACUCGCCCAACGCACUCUUCCAAGCCUUCAAUUAGUGCUCUUAGCAGUGGCGGUGCAGUUUCGGAAGCUAGAAAACGUCUCAAUGCUCUCCAAAGUGGUACAUCAACCCACACAGUACCAAAGCCAUCGGUAUUGUCAUCCUCUCGCUCCGUUAGUGGAACACCAUCUGCAACUGCGACUGCGAAUGCAACUGCGGCUGCAUCCACAAAAGAAGUUGAAGAGUUGAAGACAAAAUUGGCGGAGAGCGAAACAAAGGUCGAAGAAUUGAAGAAGGAAAUUACCACAUCACAAGAAAGACUUCUUGAUCUUGGCAAAGCAGCCGAAGAAGAGUCGAAACACAUCUCUGAUGCCGAGGAAACCAUCCGCGCAGCUCACAAUGAACUUGUCGAGAAGCUCAAUGCCGAUCACAAAGCCAUCUUAGAAAGUUUGCAAGCCCAAUUAGUAGAAGCCGAGAAUGCCAAGGCAGCGGCCCAGGAAGCUUCUUUAGCAGCUAUCGAGGAGGCAAAAGAAUCUGCGUCUUCUAGAGGUGCCACUGAGCAUGUGGAAGCUUUAGAAAAGCUAAAGUUUGAACACAAUGCUGCCUUGGAGGCAUUAAACGCUGAGUUAGCGGCCGUCAAAGAUACACAUGUUAGCGAGCACGCAAAUGCUUUAGAAGCAGUCAAUGCCGAAUUAGCUGCCGCAAGAGAAGCAAAUGCUGGUGCUAUUGCUGCAGCUGCUGAGAAAGAGGCUGAAGUCACAGAUUUGAAAGUUCAGCUCGAGCAGGCUAUUGCAGAAUGUGCAGCCGCAACUGAAUCAUUGAAAGCUUUACAAGCCGAGCAUGAUGAGAAAGUCAAGAGCUUGGAAUCGGACUUUGAGUCCAAGGCCAGUAAACAUGCAGACUCUCUGGAAGAGUUGAAGAAAACUUUGGCCGAGGAGCACAAUGCUGCAAUGGAGGCAUUGAAGGCAGCUCAUUUGGAUGAACUUUCAAGAGGAAAUAAUGAUGCUUCUUCAACUUAUGAAUCACAAAUUUCUGAGUUGACCGCUAAACAUGAAGAGAAUCUAUCCGCCAUCCAAAAACAGCUUGAAUCUCAAGCUGGCGAGCAUGCAAGCGCUUUGGAAGAAUUGAAGAAGACUUUGGCCGAAGAGCACACUAUUGCUCUUGAUGCAUUGAAGUCCGCUCACUCAGAGGAGCUCGCAAAGGGCAACACUGAUGCCUCCACUUACGAAUCCCAAAUUGCCGAAUUGACUACGAGACACGAAGAGAGCUUAGCUGCUGUUCAAAAACAACUUGAUGAAGUUCUCGAGGCUCAAAAAUCUUUGGAAUCCGCUCAUGCUGAGAAGGUUGUAAGUCUGGAAAGUGAGGUUACAAGUCUCAAAGAAAGUCUCGAAAAGAGCUCCAUAGCAUUAGCAUUAUCAGAAAAAGAAAUUUCGGAUGCUAAAGCCGAGGCCGAGGCUGUCAGAAAGGACCUUGCAUCUGCACAAGAGCAAGUUGUCGGAUUGACUGCAAAACUCAAUGGCUUGCAAUCUAGUGGAACCGAGUCCGAGUCCGCGCUCGCCGCAGCUAAAGAAGAAUUAGAAAAGUCCAAGCAGGAAGUGAUUGCACUUCAAAACACCUUGGAGCAAUUUGGUUCUGAUGAAAAGAGUAAGGAUGAAUUACACAUUAAGAUCAAGGAGGAGCUCGCAACAACAGUUCAGUCAUUAGACGAGAAAACCAAGGAGAUUUCCGAACUUUUGGAGAAACACGCAUUGGAAACUUCGACGCUCAAUGAGAAGCACUUGAAAGAACUGGAAACCAUUUCGAAUGAUUAUCAAAAGGAGAUUGAUGCAUUGUCAGGAGACUCCGGUAUCAGAGACGAAUUUAACGCAUUGAAGACCAAGCAUGAAGAACUCACCAAGGCUCACGCGGAGAUUUUGGAGGUUCAUCAACAAGACCUUGAGAAGGCAAAACAGAAUCACGCUGCAGCCAUUGUUGAGCUCGAUAAUAAUGAAAAGGCUCAUCAACGUGCAUUGGAAGAGUUGAAGACAAACCACGCCAAGGCAUUAGACGAGGCACACGAUAGAGCUAUAUCUGCUAGUCAUUCUUCUCACUCCUCAGAAUUGCAACAGCUCGAGCAUAGUCAUGCCGUUGCCAUUGCCGAAUUGAAGUCCGAGUUUGAGAAGACUCAUGCAAAGGCAUUGGACGAGGCACACAGCCAAGCAGCUUCUGCUUCCCAAGCCGCACACCAGCAGGAAUUGGAGAAGCUGACUCUUAACCACGCUGAAGAUAUUGCUACCUUGAAGGCCCAGCAUGCUUCAGUUCAAUCAACCCACGAUGAAGCUAUUGCAGCAUUGAAGGCAGAACACGAAGCAAAUCUUACCAACGCCUCAUCGGACGCCGAGAGUCAAAAAGUUGCACAAAAAGCCCAUGAUGAAGAAUUGGAGAAGUUGAAUGAGAGCCAUGCUGCAGAUAUCGCCGCAUUGAAGGCUCAGCAUGCAAACGCUCAGUCAACCCACGACGAAGAGGUUGCUGCCUUGAGAGCUGAGCACGAAGCCAAAUUGGCUACUGCUUUGUCAAGUAUUGAAAACCAAAAAGGUUCUCAACAAGCUCAUGAACAGGAGUUGGAAAGAUUACUUCAGAGUCAUGCUGAGGAUAUUGCUGCUUUGAAAGCCCAACAUGCUAAUGCCCAAUCAACUCACGAUGAAGUGAUUGCCUCUUUGAAAGCCCAACAUGCUAAUGCCCAAUCAACAUAUGAUGAGCAAAUCGCUGCCUUGAGAGCUGAGCAUGAAACCCACUUGGCUAAUGCUUCAUCGAAUCUUGAAAGCCAGAAAGGUGCUCAACAAGCUCACGAACAGGAGUUGGAGAAAUUACUUGAAAGCUAUGCUGAGGAUAUUGCCGCUUUGAAAGCCCAGCAUGCUAUUGCCCAAUCAACUCAAGAUGAAGUGAUUGCCUCUUUGAAAGCCCAACAUGCUAGUGCCCAAUCAACUCACGAUGAAGUGAUUGCCUCUUUGAAAGAACAGCAUGAAACUAGUCAUGCCACUGCCUCGUCGGAUUUCGAGAGGCAAAAGGCGAUUGAAGCCGAGUUGCAAGAUGAAGUCGCCAAGUCCAAACAAUCUUUGUAUUCAGUUCAAGAUGAGUUGGAAGCCCUCAAGCAAGAUUUGGCUGCGGAAAAGAUCGCCAAGGCCAACGCUGAGGCUGAUUUGGAGGCUGCAAGAAAUGUAAAGUUGGAUACUUCCGAACUUGAUGCCUUACGUCAAGAAUUACAAGCUCUCAAGAACCAGCAUGAGACUGCUCUUGCAUCAGCCCAUCAAGAAGCAGCAAUGGCCACUCAAGAGCUCACAGCUAGCAAAUCGCAAUUAGAAACCGCAAAAGCAGAGCUCGAGAAAGAAAAGGCUGCUCUUGAACAAAAAGUUAAGACUAGCAAGGAUGAUUACAAGACAAUGCACGAAUCUAUGACGGAGCUCCUUGAGGAGACUAGCAAAGAUUGUGAAACUCUUGAUGCUCGUUUGAAAGAAGCGGAAGCUCAACUUAAAGUCAAGGAUGCUGAACUUGCAGAAGCAAAGACCAAGCUCUCAACUACAUCCCCACCAAAAACACCAACAUUCGGAGGACUUUUUUCUAGGGGAUUCGCCGACACCGAUGGUAAGGAUUCAGAGGGAACGGGUGAAAGCACAGAUGCAGUGGUUACACCCGAAAGUGAGCAUGAUAAUUCAUCAGCAGCGUUAGCUUCGUUAGCAAAAGCUAGGGUUACUGUUGAACAACUGGAAAAGAUGAAUGAUGAUUUGAAAAAGGAUAAUAUGAGGUCACUAGAAUCAAUUUCAGACGUCUCUGGGCGAGCUCGUAAUGAAUAGGCCUUGACAUAAUAUUAUCAUCCUUUCGUUUCAGAAUUCAGCAACGUUUUUCAGAAUUUCAACCUUUUCCACAUUUCUUGCGCAUCAUGUCUCAGCUCAACUUAUGUCAACUUCCUAUUCAGCAAACUUUUUCUUCAGUGCCUUCUAUUUAUUCUAUGUCGCCGAUAUUUUUCAUCAUGUUUCGACUGUUUAAUUCGACUUUUUAAUGCAUCACCUGCAAACGUUCUUAGUUCAUGGUGGUUUCGUGUCUUGACUUGACUUUAUUUCAAAGUCUAACACAUCGACAUACUUUGCCCGAUACCCGAAAUAUAAAAACUUUCUAUACCCAACUUUACUUUUUGCUUUUCUUUUUUGCAUUAAUUUGCUAGCUUCGAUUCUUGCAUCUUGUCAGUAUUCGCAAAGAUAUAAGCAGAAACUGAAGGCUGGAUGGAUGGAUCUGGUAUCAUCUUUCUUCUUCUUGGGCGCGCUUUUUAAUAAGGAUGAAUUAAUGGAUGUAUGGGUGGAUAGAUGGAUGGAUGGGAUGGGAUGGGAUGGUGGGCUGGAAAGGGAGGAGGAUUAGAUGGGAAUUUGUAUGUGAGGUGAAGUGAAGUGAGUACGGAUGGUGGACAGUACAUGCUUGUUAAGAAUGUAUGCAUGGACUUUUGAGUAAUGAGAAUGAAGAUUUCUGGUUCUAUCAAGUUAUUCGCUAUUUGAUAUUUAAUUCUUGAGUGAUAGGUGAUGAGGUAGUAAUAAUGUGAGGUUUAUGACCGGGUUUCCAAGA